UUUCUACUAAAGCAGCCCUUUUUUCAGAAUUUGGGGAAGCAAGGCGGGGUCUUUUGACAGUUUAAAUUUCACAAAUAGGGGAAAUAACGGGCCAUCAUCAUACAUGUUACUAAAUAAGUUUUUGGAUGCAAUAGGAAGUAAAACUGAACAUAAUAGUGUAUUAAUUUUCAUAUCACAGGUUGAUGUCCCUCCUAUUUAUUAUGAAUAUGUCAAAUAUGGCAUUGAUGUCUCUUUCUGCACCGCAUAUGAGUAAUUAUGACAGCUUCUAGAUUUUCUUCGCCUAGUGUGCUCCUGGCAGGUGUGCAAAGGGAGUUCGAGAGACCGAGAAGCCUUUCAACACAUGCUGUUGAAGUGGGUGGCAGCAGGCUCAUGUCCGGCAGAUAGCUCAUUUCUGGAUCAGAUCUGGCGUCGCUGGAUCUCGUUGUUCGGUUAGAGGUGGAACGUGCAAGUGGGACAGUCUGCCAUGUACUGGUGGAUUCUAUCUAUCUGGCCUCUGUCCUGGAGAUAGAGAUAUAAGAUGCUGCAUUAAUGGAGAUUACCAGCAUCACAACGAGAGCCGUUUUUAUUACGGGAUGUGACACGGGAUUUGGGAAUCUUCUUGCAAAGACUCUUGAUGCGAAAGGAAUGAAGGUGUUUGCUGGUUGCCUCACGGAACAAGGAGCAAUCGAUUUACGCGCAUUAACCUCCAGUCGUUUGAAGACCGUUGUUAUCGAUAUAACUGUAAAAGAGACAGUAAUUAAAGCUUUGAAGUUCGUUCAAGAAAACCUCGAUGAAAAUGGCUUGUGGGGCGUAGUGAACAAUGCAGGCGUAAUGCCUACCUUUGCUCCUGUAGAGUGGACUUCCAUGGAGGAGUUCCAACACGUGUUUAAUGUAAACUUUUUCGGAUCCGUUUUUGUGACCCAAAAGUUUCUUCCCAUGCUUCGAAAGUCACGAGGUCGACUCGUUAACGUUUGCAGCGUUACUUCACAUUGCGCUUACCCAGGAAUAACAACGUACGUGACGUCAAAGGCGGCUUUGAAAAUGUUCACUGUAUGUCUUAGACGUGAACUUUAUAACUCUGGAGUCACGACUCAUACUAUUGAGCCAGGCGGUUUCAAUACAAACAUUACAGACAAGAACAGAAUAGCUAACAUGGUGAAGUCGGCGUACAAACAAGCUUCACCGGAAUUGCAGACCGUCUACGGUGGACGAAUAUGCAAAUACCUACUGGAUGGCAUAAAGAUGGCUGGCAAUUACGUCAGUACCCGUCCUCAGAUGGUCGCAGAUGCUAUGACGCAUGCACUGUUGUCCCGUAAUCCACAGCAACGCUAUAUUGUUGGUAACGACGCUAAUGUCUACUUCCGGAUUUUAUCUUGGAUACCGGACAAGGCGGUAGAUUUCAUACUUGGAUGGCCAGCUCCAUACGGCCAAGCUUGUGAAGACCUUCGGCCCUAAAGUUUGAAGAGUUCGGUGCCACGAAUUUGACAAAAACCUACAUUAAUAUAUAUUUUGAUUGCCUUCCUGAAAACGGGAUCAAUAGUGUUUCUAAUAGUAGUAAUGAAAAACAGUUCUUCUAAACGUUAAUGUUUUAUAAUUUGUCAGUGUGAUUUUCAAUGUAGAUUUUUCACAAAGUAACUAGAACUUCUAUUAUGUUUAUUACUUUUCUUACUCUGCAACAUGCCAAUGCAUUUUUAUUAUUUUUUAUUUUGCUUAAAAGUAUAUAAUGUAAUAAAGACGAAUUUCAUUUGUUUAAUAAUUUAAUUGAUUUUAUUUACGAACAGUUUCUUGAUUUCGAUCAUGGGCCAUUUGCUCUUAAUUGAAUAUGUAUUUACAAGCGGAAGUAAUCCUAAUAAUAGGUAUACAACAGAUAAAAAUUUCAAAGCUGAUGUACUUAGAAAAGUAUAUUGAAUUAUAUAAAUACAGUUGUUAACAUCUUGAUAUAGAAAACCUAUUUAUUGUAUUAUGUUAAUUUGAUAUUGGCAUAUUUCAAAUAUGUAGUGUGUUGUAUAUUGAAUAAAAUUUCUUCGUAUU